CAAAGCAAAGCAAAGCAAAGCAAAGCUCGGAGCAGCAGGGAGAGUCUAAGGAUUAUCAACUGUGUGUUUAUGUGUGUGUGAUAUGGCAGCGAGCAGAAAGUGUGCAGAGUGUGUGUGUAGCUGGUGCUGGUGGGCUGUGAGCGGCCCGAGGCCUCAGGCUGUCUAACUUCAUGUUAGCAUAGUGACGUUAGCUUCGCUGCUAGCUCCCUCACUAACUUGUCAACAGACGGACCGACCCGGACCCGGACCGCUCCUCGCUACAUGGUGGUUUCUCGGUGAUUUUCUCCUAGCUUUGUGAAGCAGCAGCAACCGUCAGCACCACCGGGAGAGUGGAACUAUGAUGACAACGUGACAGGAGGGGAGCCUCUCAGUCUGCUUAACCAGGAACCAUGGAAGGUACAGAGCAGCACAACAGGGUGAAUGGCCACUGCAAGCCCAAGUCCCCCCAGGACCCGGAGGACAUCAGGUGGACAACCCCCGAGGCCGAGUCCGGAGGCUCGGACAGCUGCGGAGGGACGAGUGUGUCGGAGCUGACCGACCUGCAGGAGUUAAAAGCCAGGGAGAGUGAGGAGGAGGAGGAGAAGGAGCACAGCAAGGUGCUUUCUCCCUCUAAAGGCCUGAAAGGGGACCAGAAGAACCAGGACAAAGAUAAUCUGGAUCAGGAGAACAAUCUCAGCAAGCAGAACAGCAGCGCAGCAUCCAGCUACACAGACUUGUCGCAUACCUCGUCGCCCUCGCUGUCUGAGCAGCUGCGUCUGGGCCGAGAGGACAGCACCGGGUCUGGGAUCAGCGUCGAGUGUAAGGUCUGCGGGGACAAGGCCUCGGGCUUCCACUACGGCGUGCACGCCUGCGAGGGCUGCAAGGGUUUUUUCCGGCGAACCGUGCGGAUGAAAUUGGAAUAUGAUCGCUGUGAGCGAACCUGCAAAAUUCAGAAGAAGAAUCGUAAUAAGUGCCAAUAUUGUCGCUUCCAGAAGUGCCUGUCUCUGGGAAUGUCCCAUGAUGCGAUCCGAUACGGACGCAUGCCGGAGUCCGAGAGGAAGAAGCUGGUGGCCGGCCUGCUAGCAGAGGAACUAAACCUCAGCAAACCAGGCGGCUCGGACCUGAAGACCUUGGCCAAACAAGUCAACACAGCCUACCUGAAGAACUUCAGCAUGACCAAGAAGAGAGCCCGCAGCAUCCUGUCGGGAAAAACCAGCAGCACCUCGCCAUUUGUGAUCUACGACGUGGACACGCUCUGGAAGGCAGAGAGCGGUCUGGUCUGGAGCCAGCUGGUUCCGGGUGCUCCCCUGACCAAGGAGAUCGGGGUCCAUGUGUUCUACCGCUGCCAGUGCACCACGGUGGAGACGGUGCGGGAGCUCACAGAGUUUGCCAAGAGCAUUCCAGGGUUUGUGGACCUGUACCUUAACGACCAGGUGACUCUAUUGAAGUACGGUGUGCACGAGGCCAUUUUUGCCAUGCUACCCUCUCUAAUGAACAAAGACGGCCUGUUGGUGGCUAAUGGGAAGGGCUUCGUAACCCGGGAGUUCCUGCGCAGCUUGAGGAAGCCCUUCAGCGAGAUCAUGGAGCCCAAGUUUGAGUUUGCCGUCAAGUUUAAUGCUCUGGAGCUGGACGACAGCGACCUGGCCCUGUUUGUCGCUGCCAUUAUUCUCUGUGGAGAUCGUCCCGGGCUAAUGAACGUGAAGCAGGUGGAGCAGAGUCAGGACAACAUCCUGCAGGCUCUUGAUCUCCACCUACAAGCCAACCACUCUGACUCCGCCUACCUCUUCCCCAAGCUGCUGCAGAAGAUGGCCGACCUCCGUCAGCUCGUUACUGAGAACGUUCAGCUUGUCCAAAAGAUCAAAAAGACUGAGUCGGAGACCUCGCUCCACCCUCUACUACAGGAGAUCUACAAAGACAUGUACUAGUGUUUCUCCAGCACAGACUGCUUCUAGCAAUACUGUUACAAAUUGAUUCAUGAUACUACACUGCAUCCAGUACAAGCACUGUUCACGUCAGGCACGGACCUGAGCGUGGUAGGGCUAACACAAUCAGACAGUCUUCUAAAUGUCAGCAUUACCCUCAGCAGUAAUGUGUGUGUAUGUGUGUGAGAGAGAGAGAUGAGCAUCUGGAAUCAUUUGCUGCAAGUCCGAGUUUCCCACAACGGUCACUAACAGAGAGAAUGAUGUGUUUUCUCACUGAGGCUGCUCCUGUUACAUUCUAAUAGCAAAGCUGACCCCAGAGCAGCGUCUCCCCGCCCGCUCCCCUCGCCUUUGUGAAGGGAAAGCAUUUCAUGUUCUGACACCAGUGGCAGAGUUCAGACAGUAAAGAGCCAUAAGGUUUGCACUGUGCCAGUGUGUCUGGUGCAGUGAUAGUUCUCAGACUUUUGGUAAAGCUGAAGAUGCACAAAUUUGUUUUUUGUUUACAUCAUAAUCAUCAUCAUCAUCAUCACCAUCAGUGACUGCUACUUUGCCAUGUGGUUAACAGAACACACCUGGGCUGGCUCCAGCAGUGUAGAGCUCUCUCUAAGCUGUGCAAUACCCUUUUCCAUUUUUCAAUAAAUGUGGAGAUCCAAGUACUGCAGGUUGUGUCUUAAAGCCAUCUAGCAGAGGACGAUGCGGCACAGAGUCUGUCUCUAACUGACACUAUAAACGCAUCACCCACUGAAGUACAAGGGACCGCAUGUUUUUUCCUCUUAUUUUUUCUGACAUGCAAAUCAUCAUAAUUUUGCCAUUUUAAUUUUUUUCAUAGUUUAUUCUUUGUAAUUAUGUUACUAAUUAUUUGUAAUUGUUGAUCACAUUUGUAAGGGCAAAACAUGAAUUAUCUUGUUUUUAUGUAUUAAGUAUAAUGUGUUCUUUCAUAUGACAUGCCUGCCUUUUUAGUUUAGGUUGUACCAAAUAUAUCGUCAAGCAUACCAACCCAUGUUUCCUUGGUGAGGAAUUUGGAUUUCACCUUUUCCUAAAGCCAGCAGACUGAACCAUACAAGGUCAAAUCACAUGUCUGCUAUCACAUGUCGCUUCAGAUAAAACACAGUCUAGAUUACUCCUGAUCUGUUCAGUUAGGAGAGACACAAAUUGUGACAGCCUUAUAAAACUGUAACCAGCAGAUCCAACUGUUUUUAUCUCCCCCAAAUACUCUGAAGGACUUCUUUUUCUCCCUGUGCUCUGUCUGAAAGGACUUCAGUUUGUCAGCACUGGUGCACACAGUCCAGCUUCACAACGAUCCCUAUCUACCUCUAAUGUAUGAUCUGUGACAUUAUUCCACUGUCUCAUCUCAUCUCUGGCACUUUUUUUGCCUUAAUUCCUGCUAUGGGUACAUGUUGCAGAUUUGAUAUUAUUGGCUGAUGUGCCGACGCAGCAGAACGGUGUGGAUGGAUAAAACAAAACAGGACGCCAAAAACAUGAUGUAAGCUACCUCUAUGCCUGUGUGAGUGAUGGACUGACAUAUCUGUUCACAAAAACAUGUUAAAACUUGCAAUAUUUUCGUCCUUCUAGUCACAUGUAACCUAACUGCAGAUCUAGUUUAGCCACAUCUCACCUAUAAACUUUGUAAAAAUAUUAAGACCGCUUUUCUAUUUUUUUAAAUUAUGAGACAGGUUAUAUGUCUGACACACAAUUUGUUGCAGUAGAAAAUACACCGUUUAUUGUAGAAACAGCAUUAUUGUCAGAAUGGGAACUUUCUGACGGUCCUUGAAUGCAUCAUAGGUUACAAAAGAAAAACUUACCAAAAUGAGCCUAAAAAUUAUGAUAUUUCUAUCAGAAUCACUUUUUUCUACUCAUACCAUUUAAAAACAAUGCCACAAAAAAGCAUUUGGAAUAACUAAGUGCUGUUAAAACAUUAAAUUCUGCUCCUCAGUGACACUGUUUCAGGUUUCAAAUGCAGGUUGAAAAGGUAGAAAUCUGUUCAGUAACAGUGGGGAGGUCAGGGUCUAAAGGUUAACCCUCUGAGCCCCACAUGUUUCUUUUAAUACUAAAAUUAUUUUAAAAAUUUGAACUUUUCACAAAUCCUGGAACGGAUAAUAGGUUACGAAAGUCUUGUUAUAAAAAGUGACCAAAACUUGUGUUAAAAUGUUGAUAUUUAUGUCAGAAUCUCUUUAUUCCACGUGUCAUUUAAAAUAAAGCAUUUGCACUAA